AUGCGCUUCGGGAAUCGCGAUGUUUACCAACAACAAAACACUAUUCUAAUUAUAAUUACAGCAAGCUUAAAUGAACCAUGUCAUACAGAGACUGAUUGUGAUGAAAUCGAAUUUUCAACAUGUUCAGAAGAUAAGAUAUGUCGUUGUAAAAAUGAAUACUUUGCUGUGAACGAAACAAAAUGCGUAUUAACUAUAGGUGGAUUCUGUUUAUACAGUGGAGAAUGUACUGUCAAAAAUUCCGAAUGCUUUCAAGAUCAAUGUCAAUGUAAGCUUGGUUAUAUCGCUAUUUCUGAAGAACAAUGUUUCCCAACGGAUCUUAACGGGUACUGCGACAGUGAUAAUGAUUGCAAAUUAAUUAUCAACGCUAAAUGUUCAAAAGAAAAUAGAUGUAUCUGCAGAAAAAAUUACGUAAGAACAGAUAUCUCAGAAUGUGCACCAUUGCUUAAUGAAACAUGUACAAGUGACGAACAAUGUGUACCAGAUAAUUCUGUUUGUAUUAAUAAUAAAUGUCAAUGUAAAUUUAGCUACUCGCAGCGAUCUAAUUAUGAAUGCGUAUUGAAUUAUUUAGAAAAAUGGUGUAGGUUAGAUGAAGACUGCAAUGAUAUACUUUAUGCUAAGUGUUCAAAUGCUAAUAAAUGUAUUUGUCAUUCAAAUUAUAUUCAAUUGAAUGCAACAACAUGCGCACCACUAUUGGGAGGAUUUUGCACUAAUGACGUAGAAUGUAGAACUAAUAAUUCAGUAUGUCUUGAUAAUAAAUGUACUUGUUCGGACGGUUACUCAUCACGAUCGGACAAUCAAUGUUUGCCUGGCCAAUCUUGUAGGGAUGAUAAAGAUUGUGAUCAAAUAUCAAAUGCUAAAUGUUCUGAUGACAAUGAAUGUAUUUGUAAAUUAGGUUAUUCAACAUUUGAUAAGCGUGUAUGUUUACCACUUAUAGGAAGUUAUUGUAAAGAGCAUAAAGAAUGUCUUGUCUUUAAUUCUAAUUGUCACAAUAAUAAUUGUCAAUGUCUAGACAAUUAUGUAGCCCUAUCUAAUGAACAGUGUGUAUCAAGUCAUUUCGAUAAAGUUUGCUAUACCAAUUUUGACUGUGGAGAAAUAAUGAACUCAUAUUGUUCAAAGUAUAAUUUUUGUGCUUGUAAAUCAAAUUAUAUUGCAGUAUCAGGAAAUAGGUGUCAACCCAUAUUGGGUGAACAAUGUCAAGACGAAAACUUAUGUAUAACAAAUAGCUCAUUAUGUAUUGAUAAUAAAUGUCAAUGUAAACCUAAUUACGUAAAUGAUGGGAAUAAUAAAUGUAUACCAACACGAUUAGAUGAAUUUUGUGAACAAAAUGAAGAUUGCAUUAAAAUACCCAAUGCUAAAUGUUCAGCCGAAAAAAAAUGUAUUUGUAAAAAUGAUUAUGUAGCGCCAGAUAAAACGUUAUGUCUACCACUUUUAGGUGGUAAAUGUUCAAACGAUAAAAAUUGUAUUGUUGAAAAUUCUAUUUGUAGUGGAAAUAAAUGUCAAUGUAAACCUCAUCAUUUAAUACACUCUAAUCAUAAAUGCGAAUCAAGUAUGUGA